GAUAUCUCAAAAUUGUUUCCUGGCCGGGAAACUUGACGGACUUUUCCAUUUUUGAAAACUUGGAACAAAUUGAUGGCUUUAAUUUAUAUAAAGAUUUAGCUGCAUUAGUUAUUCAAGACAAUGUGCAUGCAAAUGGGCCUUCCUAUCUGAUGCAGAUCCAGUCUCUUGGCUUUCGUUCCCUCAGAGCCAUAAACCACGGCAACGUCUAUAUUGGUUACUUACGAAAUUUAUGCUUUGACAAAGCUGUGAAUUGGACGUCCAUGAUAAAAGACCCGCAAAGUUAUCGUGGUUUUUUGAACGGGAUUUUGCUAAGGAAAAACAAGCCUGCAUCUCAAUGCAAUGUCAGCAGCCUAUGUGAUGAACAAUGCAACUCAAACGGCUGUUGGGGUUUUGGGCCAACACAGUGUUUACAGUGCAAAAACUUCUCCUUUAAUGGGACCUGCUUAUCAACUUGUCAUAAAGAAAUGGGCAUCACUUUUGCAGAUGGAGAAAACGAAUGCGUGCGUUGCCAUUCUCAAUGCAAGGACACGUGUAGAGGUAUAGGCCCACGCAAUUGUACAGAAUGUCUUGUGUACGACCAUAAUGGGACGUGUACUGAUGAAUGCCCCAUGGACAAGUACCCUCAUCCGGUAACGAAAACGUGCGAAAGAUGCCACAGUUUUUGCGCAGUUCACAGAGGAGACCCUAUGUGUUUUGGUCCGAACAACACCCUCGGCGAAAACGGUUGUCAUCGGUGCUAUACAGCUCUUACUACAAGAGGAUUUGAUGUGACUCAAUGCAUGCCAGCUGGAGCCCCUUGCCCAACAGGAUAUUUUAUACACGAUAGUAGUAGUACACUCAUUUUAGAAAGACAGACAUGUAUGCCUUGUUACGAAGGAUGCAAUAACUGUACAGGAGUCGCAAGAGAAGAUUGUUUACAUGCGUUAAGUUCUAGCCAGGAGUUCACAGCAGCUAUUGUGGUUCCAGUAGCAGUUGUCGUUUGCGCUCUUCUCUUCAGCAUCUUUUUUGGCUGUAGAUACAGAAGAAAACAGAUUCAAAAGAAGAGAACGCAGUCGAUGCGAAAACUAGGAAUAGACCCGCAUUCACCAGAAGAGCAAAACAUGGACCCGCGGGUAAGACUUAUGGAACCCAUGACACCAAGUGGGGUAGCACCCAACCAAGCCCAGCUUAGGAUUGUAAAGGAAGCAGAAUUGAGAAUUGGAAAAAUCUUGGGUUCUGGUGCAUUUGGGACUGUACAUAAAGGAUAUUGGAUACCAGAUUUAGCACCAAGGGAACGGGUUAAAGUUCCCGUUGCAAUAAAAGUUUUACGGGAUGAGUCGUCGCAAGUUGCCAGUAACGAAAUUUUAGACGAGGCUUUCGUGAUGGCUUCAUGUGAGCACCCGAAUCUUGUUCGGUUACUCGGGAUCAGUUUAUCUCAGCGUAUAAUGCUUAUAACACAACUAAUGCCGCUUGGAAAUCUACUGGAAUACGUGCGUGAUAAUAAGGACAAUAUCGGUUCCCAGCAUUUACUAAACUGGAGUUUACAAAUUGCGAAGGGCAUGAAAUAUCUAUCUGAAGAAAAACAUCUCGUUCAUAGAGAUUUGGCUGCCAGAAAUGUGCUUGUAAAGUCGCCGAAUCAUGUCAGAAUAACAGAUUUUGGUCUCGCUAAGUUAUUAGAUGUAAAAGAAGACGUUUACAGAGCUGAAGGCGGCAAAAUGCCAAUUAAAUGGUUAGCUUUGGAAUCUAUACAGCAUCGAAUUUUCACACAAAAAAGCGACGUUUGGAGUUUUGGGGUUACAAUGUGGGAAUUAAUGACGUUUGGGAAAAAACCUUACGAGAGUGUACCUGCUCGUGAAGUGCAUACAUUACUUGAACGAGGAGAAAGGUUACCACAACCAUAUAUAUGCACAAUUGACAUAUAUAUGCUGCUUAUAAAAUGUUGGACGGUUGACGCCGAAGCGCGCCCUACAUUUAAGGAGCUAACAGAAGAACUUUCUAAGCUGGCUAGAGACCCUCAGCGGUAUUUGGUCAUUGAUAACGACGGACUUCUAACGGAUCUUCCGAGUCCGACAACUUCCGAGUUUCUUCGAUCUCUCGUAAAUGAUGAGGGAGACGACUUCCCCAUUACAGAUGCAGAGGAGUACCUGCAUCCACAGCCGCUAGAGGGCACUGAAAACCCGUUAAAUUCGAACCAAUUUUCUCUACAACCCGUUCCUACUAUGGUACCAUGGAAGAGACAGCACCAUCAGCAGCAUCUUUCCUCCACUUCCUCCCAACAGGGACUUCUUGGGAGCAGGGGAAGCGGAAGCGGACGCUUCGUUCACCCAAACAGAUCCGCAGACAGACGUUUAGAUUCAGUUAUGACGACAAUGACGAAUCUGUCAAGCGUUAGUGGUUCGUUACCUAAUGGGGCAAGUACCCCUUUCUCGCCAGUGGCUAUGGGGCUUAACCCUGAAGAUGACGACGACAGAGAAGUUGUUUUGGGGGCCACGGGUGACUCCCUUCAGGGCCCUAUAAUACACUACAAUGCACUAGCCGCUCCUGACAAUUUCCGGUCAUUCAGUGAGUCUUCCGACGCAGUUUUUGCGCCGUCACCGCUGAUAAAACACGACCGUGGCUACAGAACUAACAGGAUGGACGAAGGCUGCUCUACACCAGAACAGCAAUCGCGCUACUUACGAGCGAGAGAAGACAGCACAACGAUGCGUUACAGCGCUGAACCAGUGUCUUUAAUGCGACAACAGACAAAACCCAACGAAAAAAAGCCGUCUGUCGAAAAAUUGGUCAAACCUGAAUUUCUUGAAGACGAAGAAGGGUACCUGUCCCCGUCCGUUGCAGCCAAUAAAAAGCCAGAAUACCUUGAUCCAAGUGAGUUCCCACCAUCCCCAUUUGCUCUUAAACCCCCAGUAAACAUAUUUGACAGCGUACGAACACCUACUUCCGCACUGGCUAAUCCAGAAUACGAACCAAGUUUUGUCCCAUCAGACUGCGAGUCUGGAACAGCUGGCAACACACAAGAUACGUUUGAUGAGGACGACAGAGAGUACCAAAAUAUCGUUCCGAACGGAGUUACAGUAAUACCCGACCAGCACCAGCUGCAAAUCGGCCUCCGUCGAGGUUCUCAAAGCGAAGAGAGUGUAAACUCAGAAAAACGAGACUCCGGACUCCAAACGGACGAAGAAGAUGAUAAAAAGGCCCUCGAUGUAAAAGCCACCUCCGUCGCGAACCCGGAGUAUGAUUAUUUAGGGGACGUAACGUCUGGGGGAAGCGAGAACCCUGGCUCCCCUGGGAAUAACCAAAACUCGCCGCCUAGCCCAAAUUUUGUGCCGAAUGAAACUGAGUAUAUAAACGAUUCUGUGGCCCCAAAAUCUGGUCCCAAUCACCAAAACGGCUUCGCUGAGGACGAAAUUUUUUCGGCUUUGACUCUCGCGGACCCUAAAAUGAGAGAGCGAGUGUUAUACGGAAAAAACUCGGCCGGUAGGACCUACUCAGAGCCUGACAGUGGUGUAGGCAUUGAAGUCGCAAUGGACAAUAUACUAUACCAUAAACUAGGUCCAAAUUGGGAUACAACUGAGUAACUUUUUCUUGCAAAAAUGUUCGAAAAUAUGAGAUUAAAGCUAUUGUACUGUGGGGCAAGAUGGGACACUUUUAGCACGUAAUAUCCUGAUCGUGUUUUAAACAAUUAACAACGGUCUAUUGGAGUCGUGAGAAUACGGUUUUAUAAUUCUUCGAAUGUUCUUUGUUUACUACUAAAUGGGAAGAGAAAAUAGAUUGAAGAACUGUCCCAUCUUCCCCCAUUCUACCAUUCAUUGUAAGUUCUGAACGGUUAUUUUUGCAGUUGUACAGUGUUUUAAUUGUACCAAAAACUGCCUUUUAAAAUUCUAUCCCCGAAUUUCUAAAACUACAGUUCCAAAGUGUAAAAUUACUUUUCACUCACUUAAUAGUGUUAAUCGUUUUUGUGUAUUUCAACCAAAAAAAUGCAGUUUAGCUGGCCUUCAGUGUUUGAUUGAUGCACUAACACUAUUAGCGUGUGAAGCCUAUGUUUUGCCCAUUUUCUGUAACGUUAUUGCAUGGGAAAAUGGAUUUUUUUGACACGUACUAAAAUAGUCACCAUUUUCGUAUUUUUUCACGUUUUUUUUAUCCUCAUAUUCGUUUCUGCCAUUUUUUUGCCGCGACUGUAUAUAUGACGGUGUAAAUACUACAGAAUACAUUUGUAUAUCACUUUC